GGGAGCAAGAUGAGCGAGUGGGAGAAGGUGUUUCUGCAGAACCUCGCCCUUCCUCCCCACUGCCAGCGGAGACGGAAUCGCCUGCCAGGCUCCACGGCGUUCCGCUGUGUCUUGAAGUACCUGGAAGGGGCUGCCCUCACCCAGGGAGCCGAGUACCAGCUGCGCCUCUCCCUUUUCGAUGCCACUUACCACCACUUCUUUGGGAGGACAUGGAGGAGCAGCUGGCGAGCUGCCUGUGCUGCCCCGCCGCGCCUGGCCAGGGCGGCUUUCAACGAGACCGUUUACUUCCACACCUCCUUGAACCACCCUGGCAUCACUGCCGUCGUGGAAGUGGUGGCGACAGCCGGGAAAGGGGACAGGGGCUCUCAGCAUCUCUCCUGCGGCUUUGGACUCAUCCCCCUCUUCGGCAGCAGGUCGGAGGUGACUGACCCGGCCACCGAGGACAGAGCGCUGAAGCUGUACCAUGGGACACCCCGUGCCUUACUGCACCCACGCUUCCAGGACCCCAUGGAAAAGAAUAAAUACCUGACGGUGAUGGAGAAGAGCCACCUGCAGUACUCCCUGAAGCCCCACAAGCCCCUGGAGACGAUAUUUCACCUCCUUCCCGAAAACCUUCUGAUAUCUGGGCUGCAGACUGUUCCUGGCUUGCUGCCGGUGCACGGAGAUGCGAGUGACUGCUUGCAGAAACCCCGGUUGAUGAAGCCGGUCACCUGCUAUCUGGAAAGGCUGUCUGUCCAGCUGUACCCUUCUCUGGAGGAAUUUGAGGAAGAACUGCUGGACUUACUGAACAGCGAUCGCUUACUUCAGGCUAAUGCUGCACCAGACGGUGAUGGGGUGGUGGUUCGGGAGCGGCGGCUGCACAUCGGCGUCCACAAUGGCCUGCGCUUCGUCCAGGUGCCACAGGUGGCUGUGCUGGUGCCGGAGGCAGAGACGGUUCAGGGCAGCUGCCCGGGGGUGCUGGGCUCUGGAGCCAGGGGUGCAGGUCAAGCUCUGGUCCUGAGGAGCCGCAUCCACCUGAGCGAGAUGGUCCCUCACCCGGCAUUUGGGGUCUGCUUCCUGCUGGAGUACGUCUUCUGUGCCUCAGGGAGAGCCGGUGGGAAGGCCCUGCCCGGCAGCGCCCGUGGCGAGGCGGCUGACAUGUGCUCGGUGCGCUGGGCCAUCUGGAGCCCCGUUCUGGGUGCCGGCGAGGAGAAGGUGGUCCUGCCCCUGCGCGGCGGUGCCCACCGUGGCCCCUGCCAAGCCUUGGUCUACCAGACCCCGCCGAGCAGCAGGAGCUCCCGCCAGGGGAAGCACGUGGAGUCUGGGACUGUCCAAUUCCAUGUUUCCACUGAUUCGGAAGAACAUAUUGUAACUGCUGCAGAGAUCCUACGUAAAGACAGGGACGAGUCGGAGAAGCCUCCUACGCCAUUGCUGAGUCCGCCAGCCCUGCUGCAAACAGCAGCCUCCCCGCGGGGACCAGGGGAGGCGGGGAUCACUCACCUGGAGGCUGACCUCGGCUCCCUGGACCCAGAGCCCUGUGCUGGCGACCAGCUGCGGGCGCUGCCCUUCGCCCCGCUGCAGGUGCCCAUCGCUGCCAUGGGGCUGCAGGCAGGCAGUUCCCGCACACCGCUCUCCCGUGCCUCCCUGGCGCGCCUGCAUGCUGCUGGCUUCCCAGAGAUCCUAGACCACAACCAGGAGCCGGUGGAAAUCUCGGAGCUGGCGGACCCAGCGAGUUUCAGCCCACAGCUGGAGGAAGCUGACCCUCUGCAAGGCAAUGAAAUAAUCCUCCAGUUCCUGGCUUUUGGCAGGGAUGCACAGGACGGCGCGGAGGGGACGUGGCCAAGAACCAUCUUCCUCACCUUCCAGUUCUACCGUUUCCCGCCGGUCACCACGCCGCGGCUGCAGCUGGUCAGCACAGAUGGGGGGCCGGUGGCCGGGCCAGCUGUGCCAGCGCAGUUCCUUGUCCGGGUGAACGAGGAUGGGACCCUCGGCACCGGACCGCCGGGCUUGCAGCUGAAGUACAUGGUGGAUCCUGCUUUCCUGCGACCCGGGGAGCAGCGCUGGUUUGUGCGGUACCUGGCUGAGCACAGCCUCCAGAUAGACAUCUGGGAUGGAGACUCCCUGCUCCUUGUUGGGUCUGCUGCCGUUAAACUGGAGCCCCUGCUGCGCCAGGGUCGGGCGGCCGUCAAGACCCACCAUGAGCUGGAGGUGGCCACGACCGAGUAUGAGCCGGACAUGACGGUGAUGGGCCGGGAGGCGCUGCGGCACGGCGCCCUGCGGCCCCUCGGUGUCCGCGUGGUGGUGAGGGGCCGCCUCCACCUCUGCCUGGCAAAUGUUGGCCACCUGUGCGAGGAGACCCCGGGGCAGCCACCGUCCCCGCUGCUGUCCCGCUCCCGCACCGUGCCCACACCGGAUGGCGCUGGCAGCAUCCCAGCUGGCAGCUGGUUCUCCCUGAAUGCCGCAAGCGGUGGGCGGGUGUCGCGGGCGCGGAGGCUGGCUGAGGUGCAUGGCGAGCUGGUGGCCGUGCUGCGCAGCCGCCGUCCGGAGGGCUGGCAGGAGCAGCGCGCCCGGCACGUGCGGGAUCUGCAGAUCAUUGAUGCCUACCGGGAGCACAUCAAGGGUGAGAGCAUCUCCCAGAUGCUCAGCCAGGCCAUCACCACCACCCACACCGUGCACGCUGUGCUGGGGACAGCAGAGUUCUUCGAGUUCGCCCUGAAGAACCCCUACGGUGUCCAGCACACCGUGACCAUCGAGGUUGACCACCCCGAGCUCAGUGUCAUACUGGACCCAAGGGAGUGGCGCCACUUCAAGGAACUGACCAAGAGCGUUACACCGGUGGAGGAGGAGAUGUUCCACCUCCGUGACGACCUCAGGCCUCAGGUCUACCUGCGCCCCAAUGAGACCGUCCGCAUCCCCUUCAAAUACCAGACCUUCUCUGCGGACCCUGCAGUCGUUGCGGUGCAGGGGCCGGCAGGGCUGGGCACCAGUGCUGACGUGGCCACCCGCUCCCUGGGGAAGAGCGGGGCUGGGCGGACAAAGCACAUCCAGGUCUCUUUCCAGGUGAGUGGGGGGAAGCCCAUCGCGCUCCUGCGGGUGAAGGUGGAGCCGCAGCCUCACGUGGUGGACCAGACCUUCCGCUUCUACCACCCGGAGCUCACCUUCCUGAAGAAGACCAUUCGGCUGCCCCCCUGGCACACCCUCCCUGGCGCGCCGGUGGGGAUGCCGGGAGGGGAGCCUGAGAUGUUUGUUCGCUGCAGUGACCCUGACAUCAUUUGCGAAACCAAAAAUAUGGGGCCUGGGGAGCCGCAGGAUGUCUUCUUAAAAGUAGCCGGAGGUCCAAGUCCGCAGAUCAAAAAGUUCUUCGUUGCUAUUUAUACGGACGCCUGGCUGGCGGUGCCUGUCCAGAUCUGGCAGUUCUACCUGCACUCGCUGCAGCGCCUGGACGUCAGCUGCACGACCGGGCAGCUCACCCGCCUCUCCCUGCUGCUGCGGGGCACCCCGGCCCCGCGGAGGGUGCAGGCGUUCACCUCCCACCCCCAGGAGCUGGAGGUGGAUCCGGAUGGUGCCUUCCUUCUCCCCGCCAACGGCAUCCAGGACCUGUACGUCGGCGUGAGGCCCCGGCGGGCUGGCAGCAGGUUCAUCUACCUCAACCUGGUGGAUGUGGAGUCCCACCAGCUGGUGUCCUCCUGGCUGCUCUGCCUGUCCUGCAGGCAGCCCCUCAUCUCCAAGGCGUUCGAGAUCUCGCUUCCUGCGGGAGGUGGGAGAGGCUGCAACAAGCGCAUCACCUACACCAACCCCUACCCCUCGCCCAGGCUCUACUUCUUGUGCACCAACCGGCCCGACCUCCUGCAGUUCAAGGAGGACUCCUUCGAGGUCGCUGGCGGGGAGGUGUACACCAUCGGCUUGCGGUUCGCCCCGAGCCAGGGCGUGGGUGAGGAGGAGAUCCUGAUUCACAUCAACGACCACGAGGACAAAAACGAGGAAACCUUCUGUGUGAAGGUCCUCUACCAGUGAGGCUGCCCGCCCGCCGCGGCAAGGCGGCUGGUCUCUGUACUGGCCACCGCGGCUGCCCCGGCAGUGCAGCCUCGGGGAUGCCUGUGUCUUUCCCAUAGGGGCUUGUGAGCCCGGUCCCCUCGUAGUCACCUCACCGAGCUGGGGAGGUCUUGCUGUCUGCCAGGAUCCCCGGGCAUUGCCGUGAGCGCCGGUGGUGUCACGCGGCUCCAGCUGCACAAAUUGGGCAGAGCAAUUGUAUUUGCUACUGUGCGUUGUGGCCGUAGGAUGUCUUUAUUUUUAUUAAGCGUUACUAUAUUUUAGGCAUGUUGGAAUCUUUUUUUAACUUAAAGUUUGCAGAUCUGAUUCUGCAGACUAUUUUUAAAGUAUUUUAUAUUCUACAGUGAGUUUUGCACACACUGAAGCAGUUUUCUGGGAUUUUCGAUACUUUUUACUAAUCAAUUAAACUUGCUGU